AUGAUCCCCGCCGCAACAGCAAAGUAUGACUGGAUCCUCGCUAUUACCACCAUCGCCUUCAUAAUUAGUGCCUUCGGUAACGGAGCCAACGAUGUUGCCAAUGCAUAUGCCACUUCCGUAGCAGCCAGGACACUCAACAUGGCCACGGCCGGUGUCCUGGCCAUAUUCACGGAAUUCAUUGGCGCCGUAGCCAUGGGGUCCCGAGUUACCGACACAAUCAAGAAUGGAAUCAUCAAUAUCGACCGCUUCGAAGGCAAGCCCGGCGCCCUCAUGUUGGCCAUGGGUUGCGCGGAAAUCGGUAGUGCCACUUGGUUGAUGUUUGCCACUAAGAUGGGCUGGCCCGUCUCAACAACGCAGACGAUCGUUGGUGCCCUGGUGGGCGUUGGCUUUGCAUCUCAAGCCUCUAUUUCCUGGGGUUGGGCAGACGGAAGUGUUUCUCAGGUCGCUGCAUCUUGGGGUAUCGCUCCUCUCGUGGCGGCUGGAUUCUCGGCCAUCAUCUUCGGUACGCUCAAGUACAGUGUUCUUGAGCGGGUUGAUUCUUUCAAGUGGGCCAUGCGCUUAAUUCCACUCUACCUUGCCAUGACAGGCGCUAUACUUGCCCUCUUCAUUGUCGUCGAAGCUCCCACAGCACCCUCAUUGGAAGAGUUUGGUGCUGGAAAGGCUGCAGGUAUCAUCGUCGGGGUGUUCUUUGGCUGCCUUCUCGUCGCCUAUGUCUUCUUCAUGCCAUACUUCAAGCGUCGCCUGAUCCAUAAAGAUGGCCGCAUCAAGUUCUAUCAUAUCCCACUUGGUCCCCUCCUGCUGAGAGAAAAUCCGCCACUUUACUUCCCUGGAAAGGGCGACAACGUCGUGAUUAGCUAUUACGAAGAUUCCUACGGCGAAAACAUGGACUCAGCAUUGUUUUCACCAGAGAUCAAGCCGCGCAAGAAGCACGUCGAACCAGUUGAGCGAUUCCUCGAUCCAGUUCGAGACCUGUCCUGGGCCAACCCUCAAAAGUGGUUGGGCUAUCUCAAAUGGAUUCUACUGCAGGGUGUGACACGCGAUGUGAUCACACACGACUCACCCGAGCUGCGAGCUAUUCACGCCCGCGCACACCGUUAUGACGACCGCGUCGAGCAUCUGUGGACAUACUGCCAAGUUGUAUCCGCAAUGAUGAUGUCUAUUGCACAUGGAUCAAACGAUGUUGCCAAUGCCGUUGGACCGUGGGCGGCCGUCUACAGCACCUACAAUGCCGGUGUCGUCGAGACGGAGGCGCCGACGCCAAUCUGGUUUCUGAUUGUUGCGGGUCUCUUGCUGGGUCUCGGCUUUUGGUUUUAUGGAUAUCAUAUUGUUCGCGCGCUAGGUAACAAGAUCACACAAAUGUCGCCGACGCGUGGAUUUAGUGUUGAGCUUGGAGCUGCGAUUACAGUGCUUUUGGCUUCCAGGCUUGGAUUGCCUGUUUCCACGACGCAGUGUUUGACGGGUGCUGCUAUGGGUGUGGCACUCAUGAACUAUGACCUGGGUGCUGUCAACUGGAAGCAGCUCGCCUUUAUCUUCGGUGGUUGGGUCUUGACUUUGCCUUGUGCAGCAUUGGUUUCUGGGUUGAUCUGCUUGAUGGCGCUGAACGCCCCUCAUCUGUAA